UCUAUUGAUUCAAUUGACUGCGAGAUCGGGAUUACAGCUGACGAUGACAUUAAUGGUCACUCACAACCAUGUAGUCAACGAGUCCACACAUUUUGUCCACCAGUGGACAGUAUCAACAGUUUUUGCGGUGACCAUCGGUUAACACAUUAGGACAACAACAACAUUGCAUCACUUAAUUCAUAAACACUGUUCCGACAGUAGUACCCCUUCCGAGACAUGAUCUGGUCAUUUGGUGCUGACGACAGGGUACAGGUGGUUAAAACGGCAGCCAAAUCACGGCUACUGUUAUUUGUUCUGCAAUUGGUGGCCAACUUGCUAAUACCUGACCACCGAAGCGAUGGAUUUCUGAACGGCUUCGAAAGUGAACUCAAGACAAGGGCCGAUCGGGUUAUACAUCAGCUGUUUAUUGGUCUCAACCGAUGGGAUUCUCAGUAUUUUAUGGCCAUCGCCUACAAUGGCUAUACACGCGAAGAGUUUUUGGCAUUUUUCCCGCUUUUCCCGCUUCUAGUCAGAUGGUUGGCCAAUCUAUUAGCCAUAAUUGUGAACACCUUUAUCGGGACAACUGUUGUCUCGUACUAUAGUCUGCUAUUAAUUAGUAGUUUUACCAUAAAUUUUCUACUCUUUAUACUGACGGCCAUUGUUUUAUACGAACUAACUGUUCGGAUGUUUGCCAGCAAACCGAUGGCCCGAAUGACUGUUUACUGGUUUGCAUACAACCCUUCAUCGAUAUUCUUCAGCUCUUCGUAUUCGGAAUGUUUGUUUGCAUUUUUGACAUUUGCCGGUAUCUAUUGGACACAUAUGACCACCAAAUGGCAUCAUCUAAUGCUGGCGUCGGUUCUCUUUGGUCUCAGUUCUGCUGUUCGGUCAAAUGGUCUUAUAUCGUUUGGUUUUAUUUUAUAUCGACAAUUGUCUUACAUCUUAAACGACUGUUUUAUGGCAAAACGUUUUCAUCUGCGCGCCGGAUGGCUACCUAAGCUGGCUAUUCGUUUGUUUCAAACACUAGUCUAUGUGUCCAUAUGUGUGAUACCAUUCCUUAUCUACCAGAUUGAUGCCUACGAUAAAUUCUGUACGAUUCCAGUCAGUACGACACCGUCAUAUUUCACAGAUUGGUGCAAUCAUACCGUUCCUCUAUCCUAUUCCUAUGUACAGAAUAAGUACUGGAACGUUGGUUUUCUCCAGUAUUAUCAGUUCAAACAGAUACCUAACUUUUUGCUGGCGCUGCCAAUAGUCAUUAUAAACCUGACGUCAUGUAUUGACUAUCUAGUCGUUAACAAAGACAAACUUUAUCAACUAUUGUCACUCAAGACUAUCAGUACUCAGCAUCAGAAGCAUAGCUCAGUUAUGGACAAUGAAUGGUGUUUUGUGCAUAUAAUACAUGUGCUAUGUUUGACACUGUUUUGUCUAUUCUUUGUACACAUUCAAGUGACCACAAGAAUGCUAUUAUCUUCGAGUCCAUUAGUUUAUUGGACAGUCGAGUCACGCGAGACCAAAGUGAACGCCAGGCGCACUAAACUCGUAAAAUUGUGGUUUUACGGCUACUUCAUUGUAGGCACAGUUAUGCACUCAAACUUUUUACCUUUUACUUGAAAUAACAUUAUUUAUAACUAAUGUUUAGUAUUUUUUUAAAAUAAAUUUUAUUAUAUAUUUCAAA